CGGGCCUGAGCCGUGCCGCCCUUCCGUGUAAUGCAUGGGACGGGCCGGGACUCGCGAGAUGCGGCCCGGCCCCUUGCGUUACGCAUGCUCUUAUGACGGGGCAUAAGGUGUUUUUGGAAUGUCUACCGGCACAUCUACACCACUGUGGAUGCCCUUAAACUCCGCUGACUUAUUCCCAUCAGCUCCAGUACACAGCGUCAUUCAGUUAUUCUCCCUUAUCACUCCAUCUCAUGAUCACCAUACUCUCUCCUCUCUCAUUUCUGCUUUGAAUUUUGGACAAAACUAUGGAUCUGUGGUGUGUGCAUGUGAAAAGCAGUGGCUUUAUGCCGAGGAAUUCUUUCUCGGAGAAACCGUUUUGCUGGAGUUCAAAUAAUUAUUCGAUGAAUUCGGACCUCCGAUUGUCCAAGCCAGAAUUUGCGCCAAGUAAUUGUAGGCUUCGAUCUGUUUCAACUAGAGCUAUGGCGAAAAUGAGCUCCGGAAAUUGCAGUAAUUCUAAUUCGAAUUCCUCCUCCUCUGAUUCUGGAGGAAACAAUGAUAAUUUGAAAGCUGGAGGAGAUGGAAACAAUCCUUCUCCCGGAAUCAAGAAAUCAGAUAAUACAAACUCAAAGAAUCCCCAAUGCGAACCCUUGGAUUGGAGAGAGUUUAGGGCUCAGCGCUACUUUCUCGAACAGGCUGAAAAAGAUGAAACAUCACCCGGACUAAAACCUCUUCCCUCCAAGUGGGCACACCCUAUUUCAGCACCCGAAAAUGGUUGCCUCCUUAUUGCUACGGAAAAACUUGAUGGUGUCCACUCCUUUGAGAGGACGGUAGUGCUUCUUCUUAGAUCUGGAACCAGGAAUCCACAGGAGGGGCCGUUUGGGGUAGUCAUAAACAGACCCCUUCACGAAAAGAUGAAACAUAUGAACCCCAGUGGUAUUGUAUUGGGAAACACAUUUGACGACUGUAGUUUGCAUUUCGGAGGACCCCUCCAUGCCAGUAUGUUUCUGCUAAGAUCUGAGGAAACUACGGGACUUGCUGAUUUUGCAAAGGUCAUUCCAGGGGUAUAUUUUGGUUCCCGAAAUAGUUUGGGUAAAGCAUCGGCAAUGAUCAAAAAAGGGAAACUUCUCUCUCAAGAUUUUACAUUCUUCAUGGGAUAUGCGGGAUGGCAGCUGGACCAGCUAAGAGAGGAAAUCGAGUCUGAUUACUGGCACGUUGCUGCAUGUAGUUCCAACUUGAUAUCUUUGGAGUCGCAAAGGCCUCCUCCCGACAACUUGUGGGAAAAAAUUCUGCAACUAAUGGGGGGUCCCUACUCGGAGUUGAGCCGCAAGCCAAAACAGGACAUAUAGUGCUAUCCGAGCAACUUCAACUCGGAUUCAAGAACGUGGAGGGAGCUUGGUCCUAUGUACAGUGUUUGGCUCAAAAUUCAUAAAAGAGUAAUUUUACUCUUUUUCUUAUCCCCUUUUACUCUAUGAAUAAAAUUUUAGUUUAUGAUUGCAACUAAAUAUUGUGAUGGUAAUCUUUAUUAGGAGACUCUUGAAAUAUAAGAUGCAGCUUUUGUUGGCAUUGAUUAUUCAGACACCUAGAAUAUGGGCACUAUUUAUGUCUUUUGUUUGCAUAGUUUACACAGACAAAAUGCUGCUUUGUAAUUGUAUAUGUCAUCCUACGCUUCGAAUCUACAUUUUCUGCCCAAAAAUAUAAAUAUCCUUAUAGAGUCGUAUGUUUUACUUAAA